GAAGUGCAAAAAAUGAGUGGAAGGGGGAAAACCGGAGGUAAAGCUAGGGCGAAGGCCAAGACUCGCUCUUCCCGCGCCGGGCUGCAGUUUCCUGUGGGCCGUGUGCAUAGGCUUCUGCGCAAAGGCAACUAUGCCGAGCGCGUCGGCGCCGGCGCUCCAGUCUACUUGGCUGCCGUCCUGGAGUAUCUGACCGCUGAGAUCCUUGAGUUGGCCGGCAACGCCGCUCGCGACAACAAGAAGACCCGUAUCAUCCCUCGUCACCUGCAGUUGGCCGUUCGUAAUGAUGAGGAGCUCAACAAACUGCUCGGAGGAGUGACCAUCGCUCAGGGUGGUGUUCUGCCUAACAUUCAGGCUGUCCUGCUGCCUAAGAAAACAGAGAAGGCGGCCAAGACCAAAUAAAUUGGGUUCUUCUGCCAAAUU